AUUAUUAACAAAUAAAAAAGAAGUAUAACCAUUUUGGAUUUUAUAAAUAUAUAAAUAUUAUGAUUAAUAUUUUUAGUAUCAUGAUCUAAUUUAUCUUUUAUGUGAUUAGAUGUUUUACGUAAUUCUAUAAUUUUAUUGUAAUGUGAGAUAAAACACGCUACCGUCUAGUAAAUACAUAAUCUUACUAAAAUUUUCCUAUAAGCAUAUGUAUGUAUGUAACAUACAUAUACGUAUUUAUAGUGUACAUUUUGUGAUUAUUAUACUUCGCUAUAUUUCAUAUAUGUAAUAUGAAAUUUAAGAUAAUCAAUAUUAUCAAUUAAGAUAUAAUUGAUUAAGAAAGAAAGAAAGCAAUCUUUUCUAAAAAUAGGUAACUUAGGAUUAAAAGAAACAAUGAAACCUCUUCAAGUGUAAAAAAGAACAAAGUAACUUGUGACAACAUUGUGAUCUAAAGAUUAUAUAUCGACUACUCGAUUCUAGUAUAAGAAACGAAAGUAUGAACUAUCUAAUUUAAAAUAACAAUUUUGAAAAACUCAAUAAGAUUCUAUUUUACAAGUUGUAUUUAUUAAAAAAAUAUCACAAAAUAAUGUCUAAAUAUUGUGAUAUAUUGCCUCAAAUACAAAAAGCUGACUUGAAUUUAAAAAUGAUAUUAGAUGAAAUAUCAAAGAUGAGAGUUAAGUGUGCCCAAAUGCAGUUAGAAAUUUUAUGUCUGUAUAAACCGCAAUGUUUACAAAUACUUGAAAUGUUGAAAACAUUAGAACAUAAUCAAAAUCCUUUUAUUGAAUUACCAUUUAUACAAGAAACGCAUUUAUUAGCUGAAAAUACAUCAUGAGUUAUUUAAACUUAUUAUGUUAAUUUAAACAUAUUAAAUAGUAAUAGAUAUUCUUCAUUGUUCAAUUUAUUCACAUUCAAAUUCUUCUUUAUGUUUAUAUUAUAAAUUACAAGAAAUAGGAUAUUGUUUAAAUAUAUUAUAUUCAAAUUAUAGAAUAUACAUGUGAAAUAUCAAUGCAAGCAUAAAUGUAUUCAUAUCAUUCAAAAUGAAUGCAAGUAAUGCAUAAAAAUAUAAUCCAAACUUUUAAUUUAUGUUUAAACAUUUAUAAUUAUAGAUAUUAAUGUAUUUUUGUGUUCGUUAUUGAUAAAAGUUUGAUAAUAAAUUUAAAAAACAAAAAAAUUUGUAUUGUAUUAUAGAAUAAAUCUUAAUUUUUCGUGAUAUAUAUAAACAAAAAUAUAUAUAUUGAAAUCACAAACAAAAUUUAAAAUAUGUUUUUCUUGUAAUCUCAUUUAAUAUUAAUAUUUGCGAUUCAUAUCGCUGGUAAGGAUAUAUUGUAAAAGAGUUCUAUACAGAUUAUAUUGAUUACUAUAUUAUACACGUUGCCGCAAAUGAUGGCUACAACCAUCCGAUUUUUGGCGAUAUGUAGGCAAAUGACAGCUAUAACCGUGUUGCACAUGACGACAGACGCUCAAUUUCAUAUGGCAAUCAUAAACAAUUGAAAAAAAGGUGUGUUUCUGAGCACGAUCGUCAAAUUAAAAGUGUGCGACAACGUGUUAAUGAUGAAAAGAUAGCCUUUUGUACAUUUUAUAUUAUAUCAUUAAUUUUGUCUUCAUCCAAAUCAAUCAUAAAGACUUUGACUAUAUUGAUAAAAUAUAACAUAUCAACCCCUAAGAGCUAAGGAAAAAUUCUACUAUGAUCAUUUAUUAGUAAAAACAUUGAUAAAUCAGAAAAUUAUAUCUUUAUUACCUAGUCUUAUUAUUUUCUACAUUUUUCUAUGACAUUUUCUAAAGUUAUUACUUUCAUAUAUUUCAUAUAUCUAAAAAAUGUUUCAUGAAAUUUGUCGGCUAAAUGUAUAUAUACUAAAAAUUGAAUGUUUUAAAUAAUAAUUAAAGGAAAUUCUAUUGUUAUAAGUAUCAAAUACAGCAAUAUGUAUUCAUAGAACUUAAUUAGCACUAUGUCUGCAAAUAUAUCAUUUUUAACAGUAAUACUAGAAAUUUGAAAAAUAGCUAUAAAUAUCUCGAAGCUUUUUUGCAAAGAGUUUUCAUAUAAUUAUAUAAAUAUAAUCGAAUAAUGAUAAUGACAAUUUGUUUUUGAAACAUUGAAUUAUAAUAAAUGAUACAGUAAACAUGUUUACAAGCAUAUGUCUGAUGUUUUAACAAUAUUUAAAUUUAUAUAUUGAUUUAAAUCCAUAUAUUGAUUUAAAUGGCAUAGCGAAUUGGCUCGGAGAAAGCCAUUGAUUGAAGCGUUUUAAAUUACUAUGUAGCAUUUAUUUCUCAUCAUCGAUUACGAUUUUGCUAAAAAAUACUUAGAUAACUUCAUUUCGCAGUCAGUAAUGACAUGUUAAUUGUUCGUCGCUGAUUUUUGAUGUAGAAGUGUGUUAGCUAUUUCUUUCAUGGUCAAUCUCGGAUCCUGUUCAAUCAAUGAUUUUAAAAUAUCACUAUCGAGUUCAGUAGAUCGUAGAUUUCGAAUACUAUGAAAUAAGUCAAAAUCAUCUCUGGCAAAUUUUCUGAACCAAUAUCGCCACUCAUUUGCUUUUAAAAUAUUUCCAUAUACGUGACAAAUUUUUUUUGUCGUAAUUGUUGCGUUAAAUCCCAAUUGGAAAUAAUACAACAUGCAAUGGCGUAUAUAUCCCUCUGUAAGUUGUUAGUCUGCCAUUUUGUUUAGUGAUAAUAAAAACUUUUUUUUCACAAAACAGUAAAUCCGCAAUCUACUUCAUAAUAUACAACAACAAUAUGUCUUCAAUGUCAGAAACUUAAAUCGAACUUAAGCUCAUUUACUUAUUAACAUUUUCGCUUCGAGUGACAAUAUCGAAUUAUCAGCGAUAUUUACUAUUCACGGAAAAUUUCACAACGUAUCGAAGCGAAA